GUAACGAAAUAGUUAACAGUCCUUAAUAAUAAAAAAACAAAAAAAAAAAAACAAAAAGAAAAACAAAAAAACAAAAGGCGCAGCAACAACCACAAUAAACUUUUCGCAAUCAACUAACUAAACAAACGGAAGACAAAAACGAAAAAAAAGGCAAACAUUUGUUUUAUCGCCAUCAUCACCGAAUACAGACAGUCUAACUAGGCUGAAAGCAAAUAUUUAACGAAUUUAAGAAAAAUCAUUAAAGCAACAGAAAAAGAAAAAAAAAAUACAAAAACAAAAAAAACUUAUUUAAUAUGCAGUUUAACGGUUAACAACCAGAAUAACACAAAAAUUUAUUAACUUAGCCACCUUAAGAACGAGAGAAAAAGAAAACGAGAGAGGGAGAGAGAGAGAGAGCAAAUAGAACACCAACACCGAAGUACUCUAUAUAUAAGAAAAUAAGUAAAUAAGCAAUAAAAUAAAAAUAAAGAAAUAUGGCCUCACCACCGGAAAGUCCCAUUGAAGAGGUGGUCUAUGAAUUGGAACAAACACGAGUGCCUAAACCAAUACCGGUUGCUUUGGAAGAUUUGUGCCGCCAAACGAAAUUCACAAAACAGGAAAUACGUGUAAUGUACCGAGGAUUUAAAACGGAAUGUCCAGAGGGUGUAGUGCAUGAAGACAGUUUCAAGGAUAUUUAUGCGAAAUUUUUCCCUCAUGGCAACUCCAGUUUAUAUGCUCAUUAUGUGUUCAAAGCUUUUGAUGUUAACUGCAAUGGAGCCAUUAGUUUUCGGGAUUUAUUGGUAACGUUAUCAACUUUGCUAAGAGGGUCAGUUUAUGAACGUUUGCGAUGGACUUUUAAACUCUACGAUUUAAAUGGUGAUGGACGCAUAAGUCGUUCAGAAUUAAGUGAAAUUGUAAUGGCGAUACAUGAAUUAAUGGGACGAAGACCACAUCAACCCGAAGAUGAUCGCAAAGCCAGAGAUCAAGUUGAUCGGGUAUUUCGUAAAUUGGAUUUAAAUCAAGACGGUAUCAUAACUAUUGAGGAAUUUCUAGAAGCAUGUCUAAAGGAUGAUCUGGUGACUAGAUCACUUCAAAUGUUUGACAAUGAACUUUGAUGACCGGCCAACGAUUAUGAGAUACGUAAUAAUCGUAAUACUAUAUCGCUUAUAGAUCUUUAAAUAACAACAAAACAGAUAAAAAAAUUAAAUAAGCAAAACACCAAAAUACUGAAGAGAUAAUUAACAAAA